ACCGUAAGGUACGAACCUUUUGCAAUGCGCUAGUGCCUGGAACUCCAGCAAGAUACGUUAAUAUGAGAGAAUCACGUUUAGUCACUCGUGCUAUUCUCACCAACCUACGGUGUUGACGUUCAAAUAUCAAUAAUAGAACCUCUGCGCUUUAUUCUGCACAACUUCUGUUAUGCGCUAUGGAAAAACCGAUAUCGCGCAAGCGAAAUUCUCUAAUCUCGCCUGUCGUUUUACGUUUUAAUCAAAAUUUAAACAACCGUUCUCCCGCUAAUUAAAAAUAUAUUUCUAUAAAUCGAAUUAUUUAUAAAAUUAAACACUAGUCACAGAUCAAUACAUUUAUAAAACACAUGUUGCAUUUGCGUAAAUCCACCCCAGACUACACGGAUCACAUCUCUGUUCAACCUAAUUCGUUUCCACAACUAAAACGCGACAGUAGAUGAUAACGUGGAGUACAUGAUUGGAGGUUAUAUCAGCAACAGCUGAUUUUGACAGCAUUGGUAUACUACUUAACCUGUUUAUUCGAAUAGAUUACUGCAACGUUUGCCUAAAUAAGGGGAAAGAAAGAAUAUGGUUUUCAAAAGAAUAAAUGCUAUAUGCUCGUUAAUAUUGUAUCAACGAAGAGAUUAUUAUAAUAAAUUUCGACACCAUGCGUUAUUUAUCGGAGCUGCUGUCCCCUUCUUUACUCAGAGUGAUAGUAAUGACACAUCAAAUUUUAUGGCAAGCCCAAUAACUCCAAUGGAACAAUUACAAUCCAAUCCGACAGAUAUGAAAACGCGCAUGGAGCUUAUGAUUAUGAAAGUGCAGGCGGAGUUUUGUAAAGCUUUGGAAAAGGAGGAAAAUAGUUCACACAAAUUUCUCGUCGAUAAAUGGCAGCGAAAGGAGGGUGGUGGUGGUAUCACCUGCAUUCUGCAAGAUGGCAAAGUUUUGGAGAAAGCGGGUGUCAACAUAUCGGUAGUAUCGGGACAUUUACCUCCCGCUGCUGUGAGUCAAAUGAGGUCGAGAGGGAAACAGCUAAGUGAAGGUCAACUCCCUUUUUUUGCGGCUGGAAUAAGUGCAGUUAUACAUCCGCGGAAUCCACAUGUGCCUACGAUUCAUUUUAAUUACCGCUAUUUCGAAGUGCAAGAUGGCACAAAUGUCCAAUGGUGGUUUGGUGGUGGUACCGAUUUAACACCAUACUAUUUGAAUAACGACGACGCAAUUCAUUUUCAUAAAACGUUAAAGGAAGCCUGUGACAGACAUAGUAAUACGUAUUAUCCAAAGUUCAAGAAAUGGUGUGACAAUUAUUUCGAUAUACCACAUAGAGGAGAGCGGCGUGGUGUUGGGGGAAUAUUUUUCGACGAUUUAGAUGAGCCCAAUCAACAUAAAGUUUUUGGUUUUGUAACUUCUUGCGCUAAUGCGGUGAUUCCAUCAUAUAUGCCUUUAGUUGCUAAGCACAAAGAUGAGAAGUACUCUGAAAAGGAACGACAAUGGCAGUUAUUACGAAGAGGACGAUAUGUUGAGUUUAAUUUGGUGUAUGAUAGAGGCACAAAGUUUGGAUUACAGACACCUGGUGCGAGGUAUGAAAGCAUUAUGAUGUCACUUCCUCUUGAAGCUAGAUGGGAGUACAUGCACGAGCCUGAUCAAGAUUCGAGAGAGUAUAAACUUCUAGAGGUACUCAGAACACCUAAAGAUUGGGUAUAACUUGUUAUAUUAAUGAUAAAUUGUUAACUGUGCAAUUAUAUUUUUUGUAACGUU